GCCAUUUCCUGUCGGUUCAAAGACAGUUUACAUCGACAACACUCUUAGUUACACCAAAUUAUCAUUGCUUACAAAUGAUAUUAAGAUAACUAGCACCAUCAAAGAUGAUAGAAAGCGUACAAGUACGGCACAGAGGUGCGUACGACUUUGAGACACACUAUGACAACUUGUGUGCCUUACAAGAUUCCUGCCCUCUGACUGCAGUUAAAGCCCAUCUAUCACAAGGGGUGUUGGAUUUGAAUGGCGACCGAAUCAGGGCCAAUGACUGGAUGCCGGUCCUGAACACAUUGAGGAUCAACAAAAGUUUAGAGUUUGUAGCUAUCCGUAGCUACUAUACACCACCCUCUGAUGAUAAUGAGAAAAAGGCAAUGAUUGAGAAACGCAAGACUCCUUCAGUUCGAUCGAAAGAAAUCACCUACCGCAUGUGCAAGGCUCUAAAGGAAUGUCUUGGUUUGACCCCGGUGUUGACGUGUCUAGAGAUCCAGGGACUGCCGCUGCGAGAGAGGGAUUUAAACACACUCAUGAAGGGUCUUGUGAAGAAUGCGACUCUGAACCACUUCUCUCUGGAGUACUGCAGGAUCGGAGACGCCGGGCUGGACAUUGUGUGUAAGGGUAUUAAAAACUCCACUUCAAUCAACUCUGUCAAUUUCACGGGCUGCAGCUUGACUCCAAAAGGUUCCGAUUCACUAGCGAAAGUUAUCAAGCAUCAAGGCACACGGCGUCACAAUGAGGCUUGGAGGGACAGCCUGCGGUAUCGGCGACCAGACCUGGACCGUAUGCCUGGUAUCCGGCGGAUCACGAUCAACAACAAUCCAAUGAUUGGAGAUCAAGGGGCAGCACUCUUGGCUGAGGCAUUAAAAGAUGACCUUUGGUUAAAAGCCCUUGACAUGCAAGGAAACGGCAUCUCAUCUACAGGCGCUAAAGCCCUCCUGGAUGUUCUGAAAUACAACACCACACUGGUUGUACUGGAUGUUCGAAGAAACCCUCUCAUAGAUCGAGACUUGGUCCACGCUAUAAUGGAACAGCUGAUGAUCAACUGUAACGGGCAAGAUACUGAGUAUAAGUGGAUCAAAGCUGAAGAACCAGUCGACAAAGGGAAGCAAUCCUUGCAGGCCAGGAAACGACGGACAAAGACACUGAACAGCAGCUUUGGGAGGAAAACCACCAUCAGAAUUACUCCGGGGGCAGCUAGACGCAGAACUAAGUCAGCAGAAAAUGUGGGCGUGUCAAGAAAAAUGCGACCAAUCAGCUCAGAGGAUGUAAAAUCGGGCCCUGGACUUCCCUGGAGAACUGCAGCGCGGGCAAAUAGAUACAGGGGCUACCCACCAGAACACGUACCAGGCCAUACAAGCCUUAUGGAGAGAACCGAAAAGUCCCCAAGCAGUUCUUUUAUACAUCAAAACCAGACCAUGACAACCAUAGAUGACGAUGAUGAUGGAGAAGAGACUGAGGAAACGGAGGACUCAUUGCAGGAGCACUUUGAUAGGAUUAAACUGGAUGACAGUGCCAUGUCAACAGCUGUCACUGGAGGAAAGGGGGCAAAGGUGGAGAUGCUCCAGCUGAGACGUCAGAUACAAGAAGAAAGAUUAGCCAGACAUCGAGCAGAACAGAGGGUUGUGGAGUUAACACUAGAGAAUAAGAAAGUGCGUGAAGAGAACAGCCGGAUGAAGCGGUCCAAGGGCAGCAUACUGGAUGAUGACAGUGUACUAGAGAGUAUAGAGGCCUCCUUCAAACAGUUCCACGAGUUUCUUGAUCUUCUUAGGGAUGCUGGACUUGGAAAGUUAAUCACGAUGGCUGGUCUUGAUGCUGAAGAUUCCCCCUUCAACAACACAACUCGUGAUCACAUGCCCAGGUUCCAAAAAUCUUUCUCUAAAAAUGGCUUCUCGGGAGAUAUCUCCGGCAACAGCCAGAUUAACGGCUCAUUUGGCUCAGACGGGAAACAGUUAAAUGGUAAUGCCCGUCGGAAACCAUAUUUAAAAUCUCACCAAGAUGAUCCGACUAUGAAAAAUAGUUAUCUCGAUGAGACGAAUGAGCAUGAAGAGGCACAAAGGAAGCGAGAUGAACUUUAUGAGAGAAUUUUGCAAGAAACGAGUCACGCAUUUAGGAAUAUCGGCGAGCAAGACGUUACUAUGAAUAUCACUGGUGAUACGACUAGAACGCAGAAUGAAACGGCUGAUGAUAGUAAGUUAGAUGAAUCUAAUGUCGAUAAUGAGUCAGGAUAUCAUAAAAUCGGAAAAUUUGGAACUCCUGAAAAAUCGGGGAAAUCGAGAAUUCCGAGACUGGGUGGGACGAGGAAACAAGGAGGAGAUAUUGAUUCGAGUCAAGAUCGAUCGGAGUUGUUGGAUAGCAUUAAAGGUCCAUCAGGGGAGAUAAUCAUGACAUUGUCUCCCUUUGAUGAUGAAAUCCAGACACCUGGGGUGUCGCCAGGGAGGAGAGAUGAUGACGACGAAAGUGGAGGUGCCUCCCCUGAUAAAGGGAACAGGCCAAGUGAUUACAGCUAUGGGAUGGACAGUUUUGAGCAGUCCUACUUGAGUGAGAGGGGGGAAGUUGUUCACCUUGGAGAUGAUUUAGACUUUUACCCAGACUCCCCUUCUCCAAUCAGACAAGACUCCGAUAACGAAGAUUUUUAGAACAGCUUAAAAAGUAAAAACAGUUCUUUGCUUAUAGUAUUAAUAGUGUCACAGAAGUUUGUUUUCUUUAUUUUUAAUCGGCUAUAAAAUGAUCUGUGCUAGUGAUAUUUGGAUUUUAUAGGAAUUUCUUUAUUUUAAGAUGUAUUUGUAUCUCCACAAGUUUCCGUUUGUAUGAAACACAUCUCACAGAUUGAUUUUUUUUAUAAAUUCAGUAUUUUAAAGAUCUGUCUGUCCAUGAAAUUGUAAAUGGCUUUUAACGAUGAAGUGAUACAUGUGCUUGUGUAUUUCAAUUUAAAUUUAUUUUUUAGAUAGUAAAAUGAGAGAUGAUUUUUUAUUAUCAUGUAGAAAUGUCCUUUUAAAGUUUUGUCUCUGCAGAUAAUUUACGAUUAUCUAAAAUGAUAACCACAAUUCCUUAACAGUUGUUUAACUUGAAGAAAAAGAUAAGUGAUUUGAUGUCUGUACCAUUGGUAUAUAUUUUUUGUCAAGACUUAGGAUAGAAAUUCCACCUUAGCUUGAAUUUUUGAUAUACUUCUUAAUGACAACUUUUGCACUUAGCGAUGGAAAUAUUAUUGACUAAAAAAAUUGCUCAAAUUAUUAAAAUAUUUGUCUUUAGCUUGUCUGUUUGUAGGAGAAGAAAAGUUAAGAUAUUGUCAAAGCCUCCUCAUUGUCUUGCAAUUUUUUUAACCUUGGCUGUAACUAAAAAACAAUACAAGAUAUUCAAUUGGAAACUUGGUAACCAUGGUUAUUGUUGCCAGAGGGAAUACAUGAAUGUAUAGCAAGGCCCUCAACUCCAGCUUGAUAAUUGUUGAGUUAUUCCCCUUGUUUUAACCUUGGCCGUAAUUCAAAAAUAUAAUUAAACAUAUUACAGGAAAACUUGGUACACACUGUUACUGUUGCUGGAUAGAAUACAGACAUGAAUAACAAGGCCCAUUACUCCAGCUUUUAUAAUUGUUUAGUUACUCCCCUUGUUUUAACCUUGGCUGUAACCCCAAAACAAUUGAAGAUAUUAAAGGAAAACUUGGUACUCACUGUUAUUGCUGCCAGAGGGAAUACAUGCAUGUAUAGCAAGACCGUUAACUCCAGCUUUUAUAAUUAUUGAGUUAUUCCCCUUGUUUUAAUCUUGGCCGUAACUCAAAAACAAUUGGAAGGUAUUUAAAGGUACCCAUGGUAAUUGUUGCCAGAGAAAGUACUACCAUGUGUAGCAAGGACCAUAACUCCAGCUUUGAUAAUUGUUGAAUUAUUUCCCUUCAUUGACCGGGGUAAAAUGACAACAGAUGAGUGUUGGCUCUUUUUGUGGUGCUUUUGUUUUACAUUAACAUACUAGCUGUUUUAACUACCUGUGAUACCACUCAUUAAACUAUAAUUUAUUGUUUGUAUACUAGCUUAGUCGCACUGCUUUGAAGGGUUCUAAAUAUCAGGGGUGUGGGGGGGGGGACUGUUUCAAUAAAGAUCUUUGUCAAUUUUAGUCAUAGAUUAAAAUUAUUUGAAUGCCAUAGUUUUAUUAUUAUGCUAGAUAUUUGUGUGAAUUGAACUCUAGCCAACAUUGAAAAUGAACACAAAGUUGAGGAAAUAAAAAAAUAAAUGAUGUAUUGCUAUUUGUGAUGUUUGUACAGAUUUAAGAUAAUUGAAUGCAACUAAAUCUGUAAUUGAGACGACCCCAGGAUCUUUUUGUGUGUGGCACACAUUGUAAGGCCCCCUCCCCCCCCAAAAAAAAAUAAAAAAUAAAUCUGUUUCUAAAUUUAUUUUAAAAUCAAACUGUUUUUUACAUUUCUUUAUUGACAAAUAAAAGAAAUCUGGACAAAAACAACUCCUAGGGUCUGACAUGAGAAAAUCACUGAAUUUAGAAUUACAGCUUAUCCAUGAGGACAACUUGGAGUCUUGUAACAACAUUGGGGUUUCUUGUUAAGACAGAUGUGGGCUCAAAAUCAUGGUGACUGUAUAAAUACAUAGUUUGGUUUCUAUAGUUGCUUCUUAGAUCUAGUUUAGUUAUUUUUUUGUGACUUUGGUUUUCAAUCUGAUAUUUUCAAACCAGGUUGUUUUAGACAGAUAGAAAUGUGAUGAUUUUAUCUUUUCCAUGUAUAUUUGUUUUAUUAUUUUGCUGCCAUGUUUGUUUAUUAUCUUCGUUUUAUUUUAAAACAAUCCUUUAGUUUACAAUGCAGAUUUUUGCUUAAAUUAAGUAUCCUUGGGAUAUGUUGUUCUUCUUUACCAAAUGAAAACAAUACUAAGUACAUACACAUGUUCUUUUCACUGUUCGAUGGGCAAGAGUUAUGGCACUUGAAAUGCUUAAAUUUUACAAACUUUUUGUUGUACAUGCUGUUACUCAAGGACCUUUUGUCACAUGAUUACCAAACUUGGAUAAUAUGUGUAUGGGCUGACUAUCAAGGCCAAAUUCAAUAACCAGCCAUGUUACCACAGUCAUUUGAGAGUUAUUGAGUUGUUUAAAUUACACAAACUUACACACAAAAAAAUCCUAAUUUGGAUGGUUGUUUCAUGUACAUUCCAACGCUCUUGUUAUUUUAAAAUAAGCUCACCUGUCCGACAACGGUGGUUUUCAUCUUCUGAUUCAUUUUGAUGCCUGAAUCUCUGUACAUACAAGCAUCUCUACAUAGUAUACAUUAUUAUUACCAGCAGUUUUUUUGUUGGUAUAAUAGGUAUAAGUUUCUUUGUUUAUUAACUUUGUGUCUUUUAUAUGUAUAUGUAUUUAUUUAAUGAUUUUAGCUGUACUAUAUAAAAAGGAUAGAAACUA